AUGGCCCUGGAGAUGGCGCAGCAAAGGAUAGUAAGAGAGGCGAUAAUCUUCUGCGACAGCCAGGCUGCGAUUCAGGCGAUCGAUGGUACUCAAAAGACAGGUCAACAGAUCCUAGGAAGCAUUGCGGAAAAAUGGGAUGAGCUUCGGAACCAGGGUGUCCAGGUGUCUAUCCACUGGAUCCCGACCCACCAGGGAAUUGAGGGCAAUGAGCGAGCGGACAGAGCAGCAAAAGAGGCCACUGGAUGGAGAUUAAUCCGGAAUAUUGGACUCCAGCAACCUUUGUCAGCUCUCAAGAGAGACUUAAAGACUCUAGCUUAUAAACAGUGGGAACAGGAGUGGCAACGGAAUCAGCAAGGCCGUACACUCUUCCGGAUCGUUGAUAAACCAUCGAAGAAGAAUAUAGAGCUUCACGCUAGACUCAGCAGGCCUCUCUCAUCUAUCUUAACACAGAUGUGGACAGGAAAUAUCGGCCUGCGCCAUUUCCUAUACCAAAGAAAGAUUCCGGGAAUCGACGAUGGAGAAUGUCAGUGCCGACGUGGAGCACAAACAGUCACACAUAUCUUACUAAGCUGUCCCAAGGUUCAAGGAGGCGUGGAAGAAUGA